AUGGGUAAGCUUUACUAUUUCCAGGCUCCCAAUUUCGACAUCAACCCCGAAAGCGAGACAGCACCUAAGCUUGGAAGCAUCUUUUCCACCGUCGAUCAACUCACGGCUCCGCUGAACCAAAAUGAACAACUAACAAUUCCUCUGGGACUUCAAAACCAGAGCUCCAUCACGAACUUUACUGAAACGCUCGAUCAGAGUUUCCAAACCGAGGUCGGCUUCAAAGCCAUAACCAGCCAAAGCAUUCCAUUCUCCGCGGAACUCAUAUACGCGUUUGCGAACAACAAGGCGGAUGCUUAUCGUUGUGACCUUCUCGAAACCUUUGAGUUUGAACCCGACCAGAAAUUCGUGUCGGAGAGCAUCGCCGCAUCUCGCCGCGUGCAAAACUUCCUAGAAAACAGCCUCUUCGGCAGGAAGAGGGUGUAUAUGAUCACCGGACUUAAGAUUGCGUCUGGGUUCGGCAGGUCGUCUACGAAAGAAACGCGGCACAGUCCCAGCCUGAAAGUCGGGCCAAGCGGCAAAGCACUGGGUCUACCCGUCGAAGCAAGUCCAGGGCUGGGGCUUGCUGUUGGCAGGGCGCGAACGGUGGAUCACGGGCAGUCUGUCAACAGAAUUGUCUUCGCCUACCGGGUGAUUCGGAUCAAGGUGAAGCGGGACGGUGAGCCAACAUACAAGCACAGAAGCGGCGGGAAAUAUGGAGCGGAGGAGAGCAGCGAUGAUAGUGAUGAGGACGAUGAAGGCAAGUGGGUGUUAGAGCGCUUGGAAGUUGAGAACUUGCCACAGGAAUUCCCCAACUCGGUCAGAGUUGACAUACAAAAGGGCUAG